AUGUCCACUCAAGAUUAUGAUCUAUCAACUUUAACAAAUUUAAGAUUAAAUAAUAAAAAAGCUCAUCAAAAUCUAUUCAAUGAUGAGAAUGAUGAUAGUUUUGAUUUAAACACUGGGAAUUUCAAUACAAGGUCACAUAAAAGUUAUUCAUCCAGAUCUCCAAUAAAGCAAAAUUUAUCAUCUUCAAGAUUUAAUGAAAGUCCUUAUAAGAAACCAAUGAGAAGUUAUAAUAAACCAUCAUCUUCAUCAUCAUAUGAUGAUAAUCAAAGAUAUCUUGAUAAGAAUUAUUAUCAAAAUGAUUCAAAACAAAAUGAUCUUAAAAGGGAACGUUUUUUAGAAAAUUUAUAUUCAAAUAGAAAACCAACAAGUUCAUCAAAUUUCAAAUUUCAAUCUCAAUCUCCAUCUCCAUCUCCAUUAAAACCUUUAAACAUUAAUCAAAAUUCAGAUACUGAAUUAUAUCAAAAUUUAGGUUUUAGGCCAAGAAAUAAAGAUAUAAAACUUUCACAAGAUUUUAAAUUACAAAAUCAAUUGAAAUAUAAUAAAGAAAAUUUUAGUCCAAUAAAUUCACCUAUAAAGACUAGAUCUAGAUCAAAGUAUGAUUAUCUAGAUAAUAGAAUUGAUGAUUAUGAUCAUGAAAAGGAUACUCAAAGAUUAAAACAUUAUGAUGAUCGUUAUCAUGAUCUGAUUGAUAGAUAUAGAUUGAAUGAAUUGACAGAGAAUAAUAAUAAUAAUAAUAAUAAUAAAUCAUCAAAUAAUAACCAAACUCAACAUUUAAAUCAACAUAUAAUACAACUUGAAGAUAAACUUAAUAAAUAUAAAUCUACAAUUAAAGAUUUAAAUGUUCAAUUAAAGCAAGAAUCUUAUUCAAAAAGAGAAUUAUCUAAUAAAUUAAAUGAUGUUGAAAAAUAUAAUGAAUUUUUGGAGAAAAAUUUUGAAAUGUUGUAUGAAAAAUUUCAUAAAUUAAGAUUAGAAAAACAAUCCAUGUCAAAUCCAAUAAAGAAACCCACUUCAUUGAAACAAGAUUUAAAAUUUGACUUGAUUGAUUCUGAUGUUGAUUCAUUAGAUUUAACACCAUUAAAAUUGGAAAAAGAUGAUCAUAAUCAAGAUAAUGACUCAACUACAUUAAAUUUAAUGAAUUUUAAAGCUUCAAGAUUACAAAAUAGUGCAUGA